GAGGCCCUUCGUCAACUCCUCUUGGCGGUGCCCUGUCCCCUCCACCUGGGUCUUCUCCGCCAUCUUCUUCAUCGGGCGGUACAGCACCUCUCAUCUCCCUGCCUUCUCCCUCGUCGUCUUCGUCUUCUUCGUCCUCUUCCUCAUCUUCCUCAUUCUCGAGCAUUUUGGGCCCCGCAACGGGGCCUCCGCUGGGACCCUCGCCGCCAUCAUCUGUGGCCCCAACUGGGCCACACUCGGCCAGCACGACGGGGGGCUCCUCUUCACUGCACUACUCGAGUCCCCCCUUGGGCCCCCUGGGCUCGGCCAGCAGUUCAAGCAGUCGCCUCUUGCCCUCCAGUGGACUUGUGAGCUCUGCGUGA